AUGUGGAGUUCUGUUUUACGCACCUUUGCUAAUCGCCACAGCCAAACCGUGCUACCAGCUAGGCGUGUACUGCUGUUAGACACUGCACGGUAUUCAAAUCAACGUGUAGCUGUUCCAUUACGAAGCAAGAAGCCCACAUCCAGCAAACCAACGACACAAUACUUCGUAGAUAGCCGACAUGUACGUACCGUUGGUGGCAGUGGUGGUGAUGGAUGUGUUUCCUUUCUACGUCUCUGGUGUAAUGAAAAUGCCGGUCCAGAUGGUGGCGAUGGUGGUAACGGUGGGCACGUAGUGCUGCAGGCAUCGCAGGACGUUAAAGAUUUAAAUCACAUUACCUCACUGCUCCGUGCGGACGACGGUGAACGAGGUGCCACUAAAGAUUGUCACGGCAAAAACGCCAAUCACACGGUGGUGAAAGUUCCAGUUGGAACGAUCGUUAGAAAUCCCCAAGGAAAGGUUGUUGGUGAUCUGGACAACGAAGGCAUGAUGUUUGUGGCGGCUCGUGGUGGUGCCGGUGGAAAGGGAAACCAUUUCUUCAAAAGUGAUAUCGAGCAAGCUCCACAGGUGGCAGAAUUCGGUGCCACCGGAGAAGACACCGCGUACACGUUGGAACUUCGCAGUAUGGCACAUAUCGGAUUCAUCGGAUUACCAAACGCGGGAAAGAGUACACUGCUGCGUGCAAUUAGUCGAGCACGUCCGAAAGUAGCCGCCUAUCCAUUUACCACCCUGAAACCCCACCUAGGUAUGGUACAGUACGACGAUUACGAGCAGAUUGCAGUCGCGGAUCUUCCCGGGUUGAUUGAGGGUUCGCACAAAAACAAAGGUCUUGGCAUACAGUUUCUUAAGCACGCUGAGCGUUGUAAUGCGCUGCUGUUUGUGGUGGAUGCAUCCGCCGAUGAACCGUGGAUUCACUAUCACACACUUAUGCACGAGCUGAGUAUGUUCAGCGAGGAACUGAUUUCACGACCAAGGUUCAUAAUAGCGAACAAAAUUGAUCUUCCCGGCGCGGAUCGGAAUGUGAAAAUGCUAGCCCAUCACGUGGAUGUACCGGUCAUUCCAAUCAGUGCCAAAAUGGGUACCAAUAUUUCAGAGAUGCUUCAUGAAAUACGAGUUAUUUAUGAAUCGAAUCGCGAAGAGAAGCAACCCACUGAAUCUUCAUCUGAAAAGAGUUAG